AUGGACGAGUUUUCGGUUUCUUGUCGGACGAGACCAACUAAAGUCAAAAGUUUUGUUCCUUUUCGAUUUGUUAUGCAAACUUGCUUAACCUACUCUAAAUGCAUUUACUUGACAGUUUAGGUUUGGAUUGGGCCAGACGGCGCUGUAAUUUCGUCCAGCUCAUUUAACUGUUAGCCGAAUCAAGUUGCACAUACCGAGCAAGACUAGCGCCUUUACCGGAAAUGCGCUGUAUCGGCUUUCAUAAUAAAUUACACCGCAACACGUUUCAAGGGACGCCUUUUAUUCUGAAACGUCCAAAAGUUGGCUGAACUUCCAAAUUUUCGUUGUGUCAUGCUUGACACUGGCGCGAUUGCAAUAGUUGCACGUAUUUUGCUACGUUGUAUCUUUCUUAAAUUGUAUGUUUGAAGUGGCUUUGUGGCAUCAGGUAGUAGUAACACUUUGACGGCCCUGUUUGUUAGCCGACAAAGGUAACAUGUUAGAUGUGUGUGCGGUUUUGUAGGAGUCUUUCAGAAAGAGUUGUCGUAAGGCCUGUUCGGGUUAUUUCCAUCACUGCCAUUGCCUAACAAGUCUAAGCAGAAAUGUCACUGGAGGACUAUGAAAGACAUUUCGACUCGCUAAAUUCAGAUUUGGGCGGCGGGUCUGUGUUCAGUGAGCGAUCAGCGUCGGGCACAUUUAAUGGCGAAGAGGAGAAGUUGCAUUACAUUCCUAUCCGGAUCCUCGGGAGGGGGGCGUUUGGUGAAGCAACCCUGUACAGAAGAACAGAGGACAACUCCCUGGUGGUAUGGAAGGAGGUGGAUCUGAACUCGCUCUCUGAAAAGGAACGCAGAGAUGUCAUGAACGAAAUAAGCAUCCUCUCCAUGCUAGAGCACAACAACAUCAUAGCCUACUUUAAUCAUUUCAUGGAUAAAAACUCCCUGUUCAUUGAGUUGGAGUAUUGCAAUGGAGGAAACCUGUACGAUAAAAUCAACCAGCAGAAGGGGAAACUUUUCAGUGAAGAGGUGGUCAUAUGGUACCUGUAUCAGAUUGCCUCUGCAGUGUCCCACAUUCACAAGGCUGGAAUCCUACACAGAGAUAUCAAAACUCUUAACAUUUUCCUUACCAAAACUGACCUCAUCAAGCUGGGUGAUUAUGGCCUUGCGAAGAAAUUAGACUCUGAGUUUUCAAUGGCGGAGACCUGUGUGGGGACUCCAUAUUACAUGUCACCAGAAUUGUGCCAGGGAGCAAAGUAUAACUUCAAAUCAGACAUCUGGGCCAUGGGUUGUGUACUUUUUGAAGUCUUAACUCUUACAAGAACAUUUGAUGCAACGAACCCUCUGAACCUCUGUGUGAAAAUAGUCCAGGGCAACUGGACUAUGGAAGUGAACUCGGAUGUUUAUUCGUCUGCACUGAUCAAACUGGUGUAUGAGUGCCUCGAUCAAGAUCCUGCAAACAGACCUACAGCUGAUCAGAUGUUGGACCAGCCAUUUAUCUCCUGCUGCAGACAGGAGCUUGAGGAGCGAGUUGCCCUGUUGAAUUCAGCGAUGAAAAAGCCAAAGCUGAGUACAGUGACUGAUACCCCUGUUGCUGUGGUGACCACACGCUCAAGGGAGGUAUACUUCUGGGGUGGAGGGAAGUUCACCCCCCAGAAAAUGGACAUGUUUAAAGGAGGCAGCAGUGCCCAACAUGUGUGUGCAGGCGAGAGUCACUUUGCGGUGGUGACAGUGGAAAAGGAGUUGUAUACGUGGGCUAAUGUCCAAGGCGGAGCCAAGAUGGUGGGCCAGCUGGGGCACGGAGAUCAGGCCUCAUACCGGCAGCCAAAGAAGGUGGAGAAGCUGCAGGGGAAGGCCAUCCGACAGGUGGCGUGUGGGGCCGACUUCACCGCCUGUGUCACUGAUGAGGACCAGAUGUACAUGUUUGGGUCAGACUAUUAUGGCUGCAUUGGAGUGGAGGGAGAGCUCGGCAUGGAGAUUUUGGAGCCAGUGCUUUUGGAGUUUUUUGAGGAGAGGCCUGUUCAUCAGGUUUCCUGUGGAGACAACCACGUGGUGGUCCUGACUCAGAGUGGGGACAUCUACUCCUGGGGCUGCGGAGAAUACGGGCGUCUUGGCCUAGAAUGCGAGGAUGACUUCUCUUCUCCAAUGCAAGUGGAGAUCCCCAAAGGUGCCACCAUCUCCUCAGUGUCAUGUGGCAGCGAUGGAACCUUCUUUUUGACAGAAGCUGGAAAAGUCCUAGCAUGUGGAAACAAUGAGUUCAACAAGCUUGGUCUGAACCAGGGAAUCUCUGGUCUCAAAAAUCACCCUGGAGAGGCAUACCAGGGGAUCCCGUACAUCACCACACUGACUUUGGCAAAGCAGUUGUCACGGUUCAAAAUCAGUGUCAUAGCUCCAGGGAAGACCCACACAGCUGCCAUUGAUGAACGUGGUCGUCUGAUCACCUUUGGUUGUAACAAGUAUGGACAGCUGGGUGUGAAGGACUUUAAGAAACACCAGGGUGUCCAAGUUCUUGUUGGACCCUUUGGAGGGAAGAUUGUAACCAAAGUGUCAUGUGGAGAUGGUUUCACCAUUGCAGCCACUGAGGACAAUCAGAUCUUUGCAUGGGGAAACGCAGGAAAUGGGCGUCUUGGGAUGCCUGCUGAUAAGGGAUUUGGUUCAGAGGUAUGCCCGGCCAUGCCAAGGCCCAUCUUCGGAUCCCUCCAUCACGUGCCUGACCUCUCAUGCCGUGGCUGGCACACCAUCAUCAUAAUGGAGAAAGUGCUCAACUCCAAGACUAUUCGCUCCAACAGCAGCGGAGUAUCAAUUGGCAGUGGACUGGGCCAGGAGGCAUCUACAUCCACAGUGGGUCUGGACAUGGAACCUGGUUCAGAGACAGAGUGUCGUGACAGGGGUCUUGGGGGUACAAUGGAAGAUAAUACAGAGGGGUGCCUUAUGGCGACCCCGAUGAUGUCAGCAGCAAAUCAGACUGGGGACAGCUCAUGUCCUCUCUGGCUUAGAAAGGAGCUUGAGGAUGCCGAGUACAUCCCAAUGCCAGAAGACUCUGAGCUACCCACACCUGACCAGCUAUCGUCUAUCUCCGAAAGUGUCACUUUACCUUAUGAGGAGCUGAAAGAGCUGAAGGCCGCGGCAGCAGCUGUCAGCAGUAUGACAGGCCUAUCGACUAAACGAAUGAGCUGUGGUAAAGUCAAUGGACUGGAGGAGGCUGACUUCUGCAAAAAAGGAGAUUCGGGCGCGUGCUGCAGAGCAAGCAGUGAGAUCACACAGUUGCGAGAGACAGUCGCUCGUCAAGAGACAAGGAUCCAGAUGCUCGAGAAACAGGUCGCUGAGCAACAGAAGGAGAAUGAGAGGCUCUGGGCAGCAAUCAGUCGUUCAGCACUAGGGGAAACAGUAUGCGAUAAUAACGGAAACCAUCGCUCUGAUCGUCUACCCGGCAAUGGAGGAGGAAGGGAAGGUGCAUUCACAAAACACGGGGGCCGAUCUGCAGGGGCCAGUGUGUGAGACUUGUAGAUGUCCUGAAGUGUCAAAACUCUUUAGCACAUAUUGAGUUAAACAAGCUGGUUAGGUGGAGAGUGGAAGCUCAGUUAGCCUGUGCAGCCUUAUGCCCAUUCACAAUGGUUAUAUUACUGUAAGUCGCAUGAUUACGUUGUAUUGCAUAUAUACUAUUGUAUAACACCUUGCACACUCUCAUAUGCGCACGUGUACACCUGGGUGCAGUGCUCUGGCUAGUUUUUCCACAGACUGAAAUGUUGGCUGGAUUCAACAUGACGCAUUGGACCUUGACACCUGCAAGAGACAAUCAUAGUUAUGGAUGUUGAGGCCAUGUUUUGGUAGUAUUAUUGUUGACUUUAAGUGAUGUCUGCCUUGGGGGUUCAGUCCUUGAUUUCUCAGAUAUAAGUAUCUUAUCACAUAACAGGUAACAGAGCAGCUUAUGCAAAUAGUAAACCAUUUGCCCACAUCAUCUUCUUGGCUGCAGCCAGUUUGUUGUCCAGAUUGAUCGUGACUCAUGUUAGCGCCAGCUUCCGAUGUGAAAACAUUAUGCGUCACUUUAUUUUUAUUCUCAUGUCAUUUGAUACCCUUAAAAAAAUGCAAAAUACAAAAUAGACUCUCAGACCUAUAUUCCAUAUUUAUUGGACAUGUUAGCUAUUUCAAACUUAUUCUAAUAAUCAUGCAAAUAUAUGUUCAAAUUUGCGUGUUUUAUUGUCCUAUGAAAGCAUUUGUGUGAAACAUGAAACUACUGAUUCAUUUUUUUAGCAACUACCUUUGGUUACUUUUUCUUAUUGCCUUUUUGGACUCUUGAAUUCUUGUUGGUAGAGGACAUGUUGGUCCAUCUUCUUUGUGACAUGUAUGAACACUUGAACAGUUUUCUGAAUGUGGAAAACCUGGUCUUUAAAGCAUUUAUAAUAUAGCUGACUUUGCAGCUAUUCUGUUAUUGUUUUCUUACUGCUUUUUUUUUUUUAACCAUUUUAACUGUCUUUGGUACAUUCUGAAAUGUUGUUUUACCUUAUUUUGCAUCAUUUGUGAAAACAUAUAUGUAAAUGCAUUUUGUUUAUGGAGUUUUGUUGGUUUUGUUUAAUAUGUGUUAUGUGUCAUAACAAUUACAUAUGCUAUAUAUAUAUAUAUAUAUAUAUAGCAUACAUCUGUGUAAAACCCUUUAACCUAUAGUUAGCUUGUAAUCUGUUGACCCAUAGUGUAUUUUCAGAUGUCAACAGUAUAACUGGCAGUAUUUUUCUCCAGUAAAAAUUUAAAUACAGUGCUUUAGUAAGCUGUUCAAACCAAAAUUAGAGCAAAUAUCACCAUGUUGUGCCUGAUUCUUUUUCACACAGUGUGUUGGCAGCAUUUAAAAAUCUGGUUUAUUUUCUUCAACGAGUAACCAAACAUUGUGGAGAUACACCAGCUGUAAAAUCUCUGUCGAGUAAAAGACAUAAAUAAAAAUAACAGCUAUU